UGGAGGAGCUGGUCAUGAACUGGCCAGCUGCAGCAGCAGCGGACCGUACGGCAGUGAAGGCAUCUCCAAACUUUUCCAACACACAGUGAAGUGGUCUCUUUACUUUGCGUUGUCGUCUGCUGUUUUAUCCCCUGACAAUGACAACAGCCACCUCACUGCCGUACAGUGUCUGCCGUUGAUCAACUGGAUGCUACAGUGCUUGGCCGCUUGGAGAGAAGAAAAACAUGCGAGGGGGAAAACUUCUGGAAUGAUGCCUGAGCGACUGCAUCCCUCCCUCCCUCCAAAGUUCAGCUAAGCUUGGAGCCUUUCUGUGUUGUUGUUAUCAUCACCCCUAUCCAAAAGGGCCCACAUCUUGGAUGAAGAGGCGAGUGCAAUGAUGAAGGUGACCGUGACAUUUGGGCAGACGGGAGUGGUGGUGCCCUGCAAGGAGGGUUGGACUGUGAGGGACCUCAUCCAGCAAGCCACACAGAGAUACAGGAAACUUCUUGAACAGGAAGGGGAUUUCUUGGUUCGGACUCACCACGUUGAAUACUGUGAUGGGGGGAUUCUAGACCCUGACGACAUACUCAGUGAUCUGGUAGAAGACAAGGACAAGCUGAUGGCGGUGUAUGAGGAACAGGAAGCCCAGCAGAGGGGUGUGGCUAACACAAGUCUAGCUCCCAGCCCUGAACUCUACCAGUCUGAGCUCUCUGCGUUCCAGCCAAUUGCUGGGGGGGAGAUUGAAGUUAAUUCCUCAGUGCUCAAGUCCAACACCCCCCUGCUGGUGAGAAGUAGCAGUGAUUCAGCCCUCAACCCUCAGCUGACAGAGAGUGAACCUUCCCACAAUGGAGACGCUACUGAAAUGGUAGCCUGUCCUGCUGUGGAGAGGCCUGCAGGAGCAGACCGAGCCCAAGGCAAACACGCCUUCAGUAACGGCCUGACCAGAACAGUAGAGAUCCUUGGAGAGGAGAGUCCCCUUGGAAUCCAUGUGGUCCCCUACUGCUCUUCCCUCAGUGGACGGUCUCUUGGCCUGUACAUCCGUGGUGUGGAGGAAGAGAGUCGCUCAAGAAAGGAGGGCUUGUUUCAAGUGGACGAGUGCAUCGUCAAGAUCAACAACACCGACCUCAUGGACAAGACAUUUAGCCAAGCCCAGGAAGUUUUUCGUCAGGCAAUGCGGUCGCAUUUUGUCCAUUUGGACGUAGUUCCCUCCUCCAACCGAGAGCGCUAUGAGAAGAGUCUAAUUGGUCAGCUGUUUGGCAACAACAACAGCAGCGGCCCAGGCAACAGCCCCAGAAUCAUGAGGACCAAAGAGCCACCGCCUCCUGUCAAAGCCAAACCUGUCUUUAAGCCCUUUGAGAAUCCAGCCGCACGAUUUCCAGAGGAAGCUGCCACUCUGGAGGCUACUAUUGGUACCCCCAAAGGCAGGAGUGAGAGCCCUCUUCUUAAGAAGAGUCCUGCCCUCCCCAGCUUGGUGGCCAGCAAGAGAGGAGGACGAAAAUUGAGGAUCGACUUAACGAAAGGCUCAGAGGGUCUUGGUUUCACCGUCGUAACCAGAGACUCGUCGGUCCACGGUCCCGGUCCCAUUCUAGUUAAAAACAUUCUGACACGUGGAGCUGCUGUCAAAGAUGGACGCCUGCAGUCCGGGGACCGCAUACUCGAGGUUAACGGCGUGGACAUCACCGGUGUGGGCCAAGAGGAGCUGGUGUCGAUGCUUCGAAGCACGCGGCAGGGAGAGAGCGUUAGCCUCGUGGUCCUGCGGCAGGAGGACAUGUUCCUGCCUCGAGAGAUGAAGGAGGAGGUGUCCCGAGUACCUGGCUUUGUUGUGGAGAACGGCAAGGAGCAGCUGAUGUUCGAGGUUCCCCUGAAUGACACCGGCUCGGCAGGGCUGGGCGUCAGCCUCAAAGGGAACAAGUCCAGGGAGACGGGAGAGGAUCUGGGAAUCUUCAUCAAGUCCAUCAUACACGGAGGGGCGGCGUACAAGGAUGGCCGUCUGUCCAUCAAUGACCAGCUGGUCGCCGUAAACGGAGAGACGCUGCUGGGACGCUCCAAUCACGACGCCAUGGAGACGCUGCGCCGCUCGAUGUCGCACGAGGGGAACGUGAGGGGGACCAUUCAGCUCGUGGUGCUGAGGGUUCUGAAGGAUCAACACGGCGUUUCACCCAAUCGCUCGUUCGACGGCUCCUUCGGCCUCUCGAUGAGUCCAGUGAACGGUCAGACGGGAUCGGUCGGUCAAGCCAACGGCCCCGUCCUCCCUCCCAUGGUGGCCAACUCUUUCUACGGGUCUAAUGUGACCAAUGGGAGUUAUUCUCACAUGGAUGAGGAAGAUGACGGGGAGCUGUACGGGCACGAGGAGUUCAACAGCUCUGCCCAACACUCCUACUUACAGGAGAGAGAAAACACUCAUAUCUCCAGGACAGCUCAGCCACAGUCUCCGAGCCAGAACCACAACCAGAACCAGAACCAGAGCCAACGUCAGUUCCAGCACGUGAAGGCCUCAAAGAGCAUGGACCUGGGUACGACUCAGAAUCAGCAGCACACUGUGGCAGACGAGAGCAACGUGGGAUCCCUGGUUGGAAACAUCGCAGCCCUGUCGAGUCCCGUAGAACUCGGCCCUACCCUCGGCCUGAAGAAGUCCAGCUCGUUGGAGAGUCUCCAGACGGCCAUGUCGGAGGUCAACAGGAAAAACGAAGUCCUCCCAUUCCACCGCCCUCGCCCAAAUAUGGUCAGGGGAAGAGGCUGCAAUGAGAGCUUCAGGGCGGCCAUUGAUAAGUCCUAUGAUGGGCCACCGGAGGAGGAUGAUGAUGAUUGCUCGGACCCGAGUUCAGGCCGCGACACCCCCGCGAGCAGUUCGUCCCGCCAGGGAGUGGCCGAUCAGAUCGAGGAAAAGGGCAAGAAAGACAAGAAAAAGAAAGUGAAAGCGAAGAAGAAAGAAAAGAACAAGGGGAAAGGGAAAGAGAAAGAGAAAAACAAGGUGGAGGAGCCUGAAGAGACGGAGAAGAAGAGCAAGAAAAUAGGAUUUGGCCUUCUGAGAUUUGGCAAGAGAAAAGAUGAGAAGAAAGAAGCAAAAGCAGCCGUGCAGCGACACAAGUCAGACCUUCUGAGUGACCACGAGUUUGAGAAGAUGAAAGAGGAGAGGGAAAGAAUUGAGGCAGGCCACCCUGAGUUGCAAGGUGCCAGGUCCACUUAUCCAGAUGUGGAGGACGACGACACAGACCCCAACUAUGCCCGGAUACAAUCCUUCAGGGACCGAGACACGGGUUCGGUGCCGCAGCCACUGCCUCAGUCGCCUCCCUACAGUACGAUUCCGCACACCCACGCUCGCAACGCUUCCCCGCAGACCACUUCUACCUUUCCGGGGCACGGAAAUCAUGCUAAUGACCCCGGAGCUGUCCCCGAUGACGACCACAUCGAUAGGCUGUAUGCCAAGGUCAAUAAACCGCGGACGGUUGGGACUACUUCUCCUCCGGCGUCUGCUGCUGCUGCUGCUGCUGCUGCCAAUGACAGCAGCAGUGUAGACAGGAUCCAGCAGCUAAGACGAGAGUACCAGCAGGCAAGGAGAGAAGGAAUCGUUCCGCCCUACGAAGAGCUGGACCCACGACGCCGAGGGCACGAACCCGACCCGCACAGAAUGCCAGGCAGAGGGACAGAUCCUCGGCUGGCACCACGUUAUGAAGAGGUGGAACGACAAUAUGCCUCCUUACCAAGACGGGGUCCACUGGAUCCAGCGGAGUACCCCAUGCAGCCUUGGUCUGGUCAUUACCCCGGACCUCCUCAGAACCCGCAGGGAUACCCGCAGCCCAUGCCCUACCCUAACUCCAACGCCCAGUCUGCUCCUUCUUACCCUGGCUUUCCACCGGGCCAGCCGUACCCACGUCCAGGCGACCCUCGGGGUGUUGACCCUCGGGGUGUUGACCCUCGGGGCGUUGACCCAGGCUACUACCCUCCUCUGCCCAGCUCCCAACAGAGAGGGCCUUUAAGACAGGAUGUACCCCCAUCCCCUACCCCUCCCCUGCGGGGUCUACGGUACGACACUAUGAUGCGCGGAACUGGGGGUGGAGGCUACAGGUAGGGUGACUUUGUGGAUGAAGACAAUCCCAGGCACCUGGUGGAUCACAAUCCAGUCCAUAAUAGCCACACUGUGGAGGUGGGAAGACGACAGCAACACCAAACCAACCCAAGACAGAAGAAUGCCACGACUGCAGCUGUGUAGAUGAAUCAGGUCUCGACAUAACACAUGUUGAUAGCUUUCUGUUGUGCCUCUGCUUUCCCUACUGCACUGAUGUAUUUUGAAACCUCUUAUUGGUUUUUAAUCACCAUCAUUAUUUUUACAGUGUCCUCUCUGUUGAAAAGUAUGUGGUAAUACAUGGGCAGACAAAGUAAGAGAGGAGUCACAUAAAAUAGCAUGGAGAGUCUCCCUGGAGUAUUAGCAGGGUUUUUGCUUUGCAAUAUUCUCUCACUGAGUUAGUUAAAGCGGAACUUUGCAAUUCUGGUCAGUUGUUUUUUUUUUUUUUUGCCUUUUUCUCUUGUGCCUACCGCUUUAUCCUCACUGUCGUAAAACCUCACGAGACCUUUGAUUUCAGGUCGCAACCCUGAGCUUGCAAGGUUGGAUCUCCACUAAAAGACAGUAGGGGGAGUGGAGACGGCCCCUAAUCUCAACCAUCACAAUGACUCCCAAGCUGUUACAUUAGGGUGAAAAUCCUGCAUAGUUCCGCUUUAAUUUGAGAUGAGAAUAGAGACAUAGAUUACCUUAAAAAGCCAAACAGUAGCAUUUAUUAAGACUGAAGCAACUCGCGUUUACAAAAAUAUGACUGUGAGGCUAUGAGUCUGCCCCUGAGGUUAUGUCAUUUGUUCAGAAAAAAUCACUUUAACGUGUCGCUAUACGGCCUUUGUACAGUUUCAAUCAUUUUUAAGUGCGUUUCAAUGCACCUAACUAUUUACAUUAAGUGCAAGAUUGUGCCUUUUGGUAUCACCAUCAAGAGAUGACGACCUAGUGAUUCUUUUACUCAAUAAAAACAAACAGACAAAAAUGGCUAUGUUCACUAUUAAGAGAAGAAGUGAAUCAACAGUUUGAGGAAUCGCUGCUGGAGUGUAAUGAAGCAGGGUUCGCCACUCCGCUCCAAAGAUUAUCUCGAAAAUCAUUUGCCUUUUCAUCGCGAAACGACAGCGCUCCGCGAGACAUCGAUCAAGCAAUCAGCCGUUUUGAAAGUCUUUCAAUGAAAGGUUGUCAACAACAUGUGUUCUGUUUGGUAAAUUGGAAUCCUUGGAAAAAUGUGUUCUUUGUCCAAAAGAGUAAAAGCUAAAAAAAUUCACAGUGAAUGUGGCAGCGUUCAAAAAAAAAAUUCAUAAUAAUAAUAAUGGAUGACAGUUAUUUGUGAUAAUCGCACACAAAAACACGUCUCGUGUGCAAGAGCCUUAAUGAAGUAAACGCGCGGUCCUCCGUUCUAGACGUCUUUUCAUAAUUGAAGUGCAGCCACGGCACGGUAUCUAUCUUUACGUGUAAUGCUUUUUUUUAAUUCUUGCUCUUCUUUUUUUUUUAUUAUUAUGUCACUCAAUAGAAAUGAGUCGCAUUUUUAGUGCAGGACUAAAUUGCGUCUGAAUCUAAAACCGUGUCAGGAUGUUGUCUUACAGCACUUAUGAAUGACUAUGGACACACCACACGGCCUUACAGUGCUCAGUCAUGUUUAUGUUAUUUGACUGAAGUUUGUCUUUGAAUAGUUGAAUCCAUUUGAAAUGACCUCUACUUAAAUGCGUUUUUUUUGUUUGUUUUCCAUUGUUCUCGUCACUUCUACUCAGUCCAUGGAGUUUUCUUUUAUAUCAAAUCACAAUAUGAUCCAUUGUUUCACACAUAAAGCUGUCAUUCAUUCAUUUGACUGAUGAUCAUGAGUAAUUACUAAUAUCAUGGCAAUCGUUGUGUCAAAACAUCCACUGUUUACAACAGUUUAAUAGUUAGAUGUUACCACAGGUGUGUGGUGACAGCAGCUGACAGAGCUGUGUCGACGACUGUUUGACAGGGACUAGGGGCAGGUAGCUGUUAAAAAUGACCAGCUGGGGUUUUUUCUGUGGUUGGGAUGUGAAGGACGUGGCAGUGUAGGCGUCACCGCGUGCCAGAGUGCACACGAGUCCUCCUGAAACACGAGUUUAGGCGUCAGGGAGCUCAUCUCGCUGCCGCAACGCAGCGUAUAUCUCCAUUUAGCCACUUACCGAACCAUCAAUUAAGUGUAACUACGAGCUGGUGUUUCGCUCGGUUUUCCACUCAGCAGUAUUAGUUUCAACGGAGAUUAAAAUGUUUAAAAAUACAUUUCAGGAUUUGGUGCAUUGCAUUUCUAUGUGUUGAAUGACUUGAGGAUGAAAUACCACUAAAGGAUGAACGUUGAGAAUAACCUGACUGACUGAAGUAGAUUUGUCAAAAACAGCCACUUUGUUCUUAGAGUAAAUGUAGGUUUGCAAAUAAAAAACAACAACAACAGAGGAUGAGUUGAAAGAAUUUUGAGAUGAAACAAAAGAGGGGAAUUAAAGAAACCAGUGAUAAAUUGAAGGUGUAGAUGAGAGGAAGGGAAAGAAAUUGUAAAAAGCAAUGCACUGCAAGAACUUUAAUGCCUUUAAUGCCUUACCAUUUGAAAAGAGCAGAGGAGGAAAGAGGACAGACACAAACCUGGACAGUACUUGUUCUGCAGCUGGAGGACGGUUACAUGAAUGUGCUUGUGUUGACUGAAUGUAGUGAUUUUUUUAAAUAUGUGUCUUUUUGGAAUUGUGACGGUAUUUCUGAAAAACGUUUUAGAAGAACGAGCCAGUGGUCAACUCGUUUGUUAAAUAUAGAGAACUGACGCCAGAAAGGUUCAUGUCCACUGUGAUCAUUCGCUCUUUUGCUCGGUGCUAACCAUUGACUUUAUAUAUAAAUAUAUAAAAAAAAAUGACGUAGUGAAGCGAAGACCAGAAAAUAGAAUAGGGGCGGGAAUCACCAGAGACACCACGGUACGAUAUCAUCACAAUGUUGCGAUCAUAUAUCAUGGUAUACUCACACAACAGCUCUAGUGAUUUGUAUUUGUAACGUCAGAAAAAAAAAAAAUACUUCGUGUCUCAAAAAUGAUAAAAUAUUGCCACACAAAAUAUCACAAUAUUUCACUGUAUCAAAAAUUGAAUGGAAGUAGACAAAAUAACUCCUUUUGAAUCAAAGUCUAUGGGAAAAAUUAAUAUAAAUUAUUUCUCACUUGAAAAACUGACAUGGCACUGGUCAAACCGUGUGCUUUGAAACCAGAAGACAACGUCCAUGUUAUUGUCCAGUCUGUGGUGCUAACAUUACAGCAAUCUGUAUUUCAUGAUAUGAGACACUUCUGGUAGCUGGUGAUGUAAAUGUCAUGAUCAUGAGAGUCAUGAGAGUGAGACAUGCAGAAGGUGGACAGAAGUUACCUUUACUAAUUGGUGGCAUUUUCCUUUUCUAGCACACAACAAAUUAGAUGGUAACUAUGGAAACAUGCUUGAGGUUAAGCGAGGAGGUGAAAGAAUGCUGGGAAAUCCAAGUGACGAGAAAUGGCUGCCUCUGGAAUGGCAUGUGAGAUUGAGUACAUGCAUGUGCAGAACCUUAGACUGACGUGGAACCUCGUGUUAGACAAAGUUUACGUCCUAACGUUUCGUUAUGUUCAAGUGUGAGCACGGAGCAUGAGGGCAAAUGAUCCACUCUGGACAAACGGAUGAUUUUGGGUCUAUUGUCUAUCAGUCAUACAGAAAUGACUGAUGUUUUCCUAACUGUGUCAGAAUGGAGGAGGUCGUAGUUGCUCCCAAAAGUGAAACCAAAUAUAUUUCUACACCUCCUCAUGGAGGCCGUAGUGAAGGUCAUGACCUCUGGUCCCUCUUUGGGAGCAGAUGAAACAUGAACCAACACUAAGAUGUUUCCGAAAGAUGGUUUCUGGCGUUGUAGGUGGCAGUACGUAAUAUUUUGGUUUCAUUUUGCACAGUUGUAGAUCUUACAAUAUACAGUCGUCGGUGUAAAUGCUGGAUGAACAGUACACUGUGAAUAUUCCAUAAAGGUGUUUUACUGUUAAUCCACUUAAUCACUAUUCACAUAUACGGUACAAAUCACUUCACAGCAAUUUAUUUUUGUAUGUAUUUCUUUUCAAUGCUAGUCGGCGUCAGCUGGGUAAACCAGAGCCACAGAUGUUUUCCGGGCAACUGUAACAAAGAUGUAUAAUGCAUAGUUUUGUCUCUAUUACAUUAUUGUUGUUUUUAUCAGAUUCAAUUCCAGUAUUUUUUUUUCCCAUAUUCUACUUGCAAUUACAUGAAUUGUAUCUUUCAAAAUUGGGUAAAACGAACACGACUGUAUAGGUAGCACGGUUAAAUCUAUUGGGUACGUAUAGGUCUUUGGUUUUUCGGUAGCACAGAAUGAGUUGCACAAGAUGAAGGUACGAACCAGAACCCUUGUUUUGGGGCGUUCUGGUACUCCUGGUUCACCAGGUAAUGAAGGACCCAACUACUUAACCUCUCUGUCGUAGAACUAUAACAUUUUUAUUACACUGCUUGUAUCCAAAAAUUUACAAAAUGCAUUUUAUAAUGUUGUCACAAUAACAAUGAUUUUUAUCCCUGUUUUCUUGCAUUUUAUAUUUAUGUAUAUAGCAUCUUUUUGCAUUAAAAUUGUCAUUAAAAAAAAAAA